AUGUGCAGGAGACGACGUACAGGUAUGUGGGCGCGGGCGCGGGCGAGUUCGGGGUGCUCCGCAUUCCUGGCCGCGGCCCCAACUGCUGCCUGUUCCUCCUCAUCCCGGGGCUGCUGUCCCUGCUGCUGCUCCCGCUGCUCCUCUACUCGCUCGCCCCGGGGAGCACCACGACCACGACGACGACCACCACGCCGUUCAUUCCGACAACCUACGGCGCCACCCGAGAUAACGUUCACCACGACCAAGAAGACGACGACGCGGGCGCCGCCGCCUCCGCCGCCGCCUCCGCCGCCCCCGCCACCCCCGCCGCCGCCUCCGCCCCCGCCCCCUCCGCCGCCGCCCACGACCACCGAGAAAAAGAUCAAUUGCGGCGAAGGUGCCCCGGAGUCGUGGGACCAGGCGAAGAAGGUGCAGUGCUGCCUCAUGGAGAACAAGGGGUGCCCGACCACGUCCACGUCGCCCUGCCCCAUCGACUGCAACGCAGGAUACAACGACCUCGACCCGCUGCAGUGGGUGCGCGGCUGGUCCGGCGAGAAGAAGCUGUACUGCUGCAAGACCGCCCAGAGGGGGUGCCCCUCGGAGCUGCCGCCCCCCUCGGGCCUGCCGCCCUCGGGCGAGCCUCCCGCCCCGGACACCAACAAGUACGACUGCGACGCCGGGUACCACCACUGCAUGCACUGCCUGGAGCUGUCGUGGUCCCCCCAGAAGAUCAAGUAUUGCUGCACCAACUUCCACAAGGGCUGCAAGGGCGAGGAGCCAGAGUAG